CACAUAAGCAUUCAACGAUGACUUGUCCAUCCGUUAAACACUAACGGUCAACACCGGUUAACAUUAACAAAAAAAAAAAGUUCAGAAUAUGAUUGUCAUAUUGAAUAUAAUAUAACACAAUUGGCAAUUUUUUUACAGUUCAUUUAUUAUAGUGGUAUUAUCCCUAAAAAUAAUGAAUUUUUAUGACAAGCAAAUUCAUAUUAUAUUAAUGAUGCAAUUCUGAAAUGACAUAACACAACCUAUUCCAAAUACAAACUACAAAGGGGACAAAGUUGGAGGCAGUUAGAGAAUGAAAAGCAUAGAGAGUAUGGGGGAGAAUAUUAGGUGCUUGGCUUCCAAUUAUAUGAGGGAGAGAUUCCUCUGAAACUCAAAUGGCCUCAUUGCAUUUGGGUAGUCCUAAACUGCUACCCUAGAAGUAACAACUAUUUGACAAAAGAUUAUUUUAUUGAUUAGAUGUUUUAUUUUAUUUUGUCUUUUUCCUGGUGUUCACCAAAUGCUAUACUUUUUAAUAAAAUAUUUACGGGAUCAAAAUAAAUCGAAAUGGAAAGUCGAAAAUAAUUGCGAAGUUAGGUGGCAAAUACCAAAUUUGAUAUCUUAAUUUGAUCCAAUUAAAAUGACAUGCAACUAAAAAUUAUGCGGCGCUUCUUGACACAUUAUUAUACAUGCUAGAUUUGUCUUGACCUCUAAGUUAUUACCAAACUCCAUCAAUGGUUACCGUUACAUUAUGACUUGACUCAUGUGACCCAACUCGUAUACUCAAUUCUCUUAGUCUACGAUCGCUUUUUUUAUGAACCGUAACCCGUAAACAAGUGACCCACCCGAAUUAGCCAUCCCCUAUAACUCGACCCGACCGGCCUUCCUAUUUUGAUCCAAGUACCCGACCCUCCAGGUUGCCGCCGCCACCUCUAUGUGAACAUGUUUGGCUGUAAAGUUCAGAACAUAACCCGGAUGAUUUGAUUACUGUUAGAAUAGUGUGAUAAUGCAUGUAUACAUCACCAAACUUCCCAUAAUGGGGACUCAAGUGGUGGGAACCUGAACAGAUUCCUAUCAGUUAGGGGCUGCUUAGUGCCACUGCACCUAACUCUUUAGCACAUUUAGAAUUAUGAACCAUUCUUUCUGUAAGACCAGAUAAGGUUGUCAAAGUAGCCAGCCAGCUAACCAAUCCUUACAAGUCAUGCAGUCAGCCAAUUCUGUGGAUUCUCUAUAAUUUCCUCAUCCACACCAUUCCCCCUGCAACUUAACAGAUUCGAGGAUAUAGGUAUAACCAUGUGAUUUCAUCCGACUCGAACCGAAUUAGACAAUACAAUCUGCAGUCAUCAGAAAACACAAUCUAGAUUCAUGGUCCUGCGUGUGGAACAAAGAGAAUCACAAACAAAAUUUUCUACUAGAAAUGAAUGGGACACUACAAUGGAAGAUGCUGAUUGAUAAUCCAGGUUUGGAAACAGAUGUUUAUUGCCUAAAUUCAGAAGACUUUAAGAGGCGAAGAAAAAGUGCAGUAAACUAUUUGCAGGUCAGAAACCAUUGUUGUCUGCAUUUUCUUCAGACACAAGUAAUUCCAAGUCUAAGAAGGUAAGCUAGCAUGGUGGUCUUACGACUCUUAAAAUGAUAUUUUCCUGUCAAAGUUUCAAUAUCAGAAUGUCAAAAGUUGAAAGUUUCACCAAACCAUGGAAGCAAGCUGGCUCGUUUUGGCUAUAAAUACUGCAAAGCAGUGCUCAACAUUUGUACACCAUACCCUGAUUCUUCAAGGCUCUUAGCAUAUCCAUCAAUGGCUCUCUCCAUUCAAACCCUUGCUUUCCUACUAGCAGCUGUGCUGUUUAUGCACAACCAGGCACAUGCAGCACAAUGCAAAGACUGCUUCAUCCAUUCUCGUGCUGCCCACUAUCCGAAUUCUGAUGAGAAAGGAACAGAGACUGGCGCCUGCGGAUUUGGUACAUUUGGAGCAACAUUGAACGGUGGAGAUGUAUCAGCUGCUUCUGAACUAUACCGUAAUGGUGUUGGCUGUGGUGCCUGCUAUCAGGUGAGGUGCACCAAUAGCAACUACUGCUCAGACAAAGGGUUGACCGUCGUUAUAACCGACCAAGGGUCGAGUGACAACACCGAUUUCAUUCUCAGCCGACGGGCCUUUGCUGGGAUGGCUCAGACCAAAGAUGCAGCUGCAUCAUUGCUAGCCCUUGGAAUUGUUGACAUUGAAUAUAGACGUGUUUCAUGCCGCCAUCCAUACCAGAACAUAACGAUCAAGAUUGAUGAGAACAGCAACUACCCUUUUUACCUUGCUUUCGUCAUACGGUAUCAGCAGGGGCAGAAGGAUAUUACUGCCGUCCAGCUCUGUGAGACAGAAAAUUUCGGGUGCAAGCUUCUGGAGAGGAGCUAUGGAGCUGUGUGGACGACUGCCUCUCCUCCCAGAGGACCUCUGUCCCUGAGGAUGUUAUUCAGUGAUGAUGAUGGCGAUGAGUCAUGGGUGGUUCCUGUUAACAACAUACCAAGUGACUGGAAACCUGGACAAACAUAUGACACAGGACUGCAAGUUGAUGUUUAGUAUGCCUUAAACAAAGAUUAAACCCGGCCAAUCAAGAAGUCUACAUGCAUACAUACCUCUUCUAGGGUCUUUUAUUUGGUGAUUUGUAAUUUUUUUAUUGUUGUCUUCCUUUCUUGUCCCAUGGAGACAAGAAAGAAUAUAAUAAAGAUAAAGUCAUGACUGUAAUCAUUGGAGGUGUUGGGUUAUAAGAGAUUCACAAGUGUACUAACUAUUUCAGAAUUUGGCUUUCUUCAUUUGUCUCAUGAGUCAUGAAGCUUCAUGGAAAUCUGAUGGAAUGUCAACUUUAUAGUAUUCCAAAAGGAAAACAACCAACCAAGAUAGCUAGAAUAUGAUUUCAAAAAGAAAAAAGAAGUUCAAAUAAUAUCCAACAAGAAAUGAAUGUGGAACUUGAUUGUUCUAUAUGACUUAUUUGAUGGUUGCUGAGAAUUAUGUUAAACAUUUGUGAGAAAAAAUAAGGCAUUUUUAUUGAUAGGAAAUAUAUUUCAUAUUCUAAGGUGGCUGGCGGCUAAUAGUAAAGAUCAUCUUUACAAAACAUUAGCAAUAGGUAACAGCCAAGAUAAAUAUCUUGACCAGACUAGACAAGAUGUCGAGGGUCUAUCCUCUAGCCAUCCAUAUUGGUAUUUGUUUGGGCUUAUUUACCUACAAAUCUUACAAUUAAGCUUCCUCAAAGUUCUAAUUGCUUAUCGCAUGCAAGCCUAUUUUACCAGGAUCGAAGUUUAAGGAAGCAGCUUGGCUUCUAAUCACAAGUUCAUGCCUUGCCAUUAAUCAAAUGCUAACACAAAUUCAGUCACAAUUAGGCAAAACAAAGAUGAAUGACAAGCUGAGCAUAAAUAUCCUACAGCAGAUUAAGGUAAGGACACGACUUACUUUCUUAGAUUCAGAGAUGCCUUAAGAUUAUAAGACAGUGACAAACAUGAGAGUCACAACUCACAAGCAGUGUAGUGAGAUUAAGCAAUUACAAAAUAUAUCGAAAAGCAAUAGAGCUCCAGUCAAUAUGAGCUAUAUAUGAUAUUCCAUGAAAAAGGGGCCACUCAAACACUAACUUGCAACUUGCAUCCUACGCACUGCACCAAUAUCAGCCAUGAACCUCUGAGUUGCUAAAGAAAAUGAAAGUAGUGGGGGUCCUUUUCUUUCAAAUGGUUUCCAUGUCAUAGCUGAUGCUGUUAAUCGAAUUACCAUUCCCUGGUCUAUCUAAGUAAUCUAUGAUACACAAGAUCAAUUUUACCCGAGCAUGCAGUCAGGUUUGACUAAACUUCAUGAGAAGAGAAAAAUAACAGAACUUGGAAAAUGUAAAAACGGCAUGUUAUUGGAAUAAUAACAGUAUGAAAUCAUCCAACCAUGUUCCUUAUUGGAAGUGUAUUCCACAAGGAAUAAAAGGUGUGACCUUUACCCCCAAGAACAAAAUAACAAUCUGAAUGAACUCGUCAGUCUUAACUGUAAACUUAGCUUUUCUAUCCCUUAAGAGCAUUCGUGGUAUAUCAGACAGUUAGGCCUUUGUUUUGAAUGUCAAUUUCACAUUUUGCUCCAAGAUGGACUUUUUCUCUGUCUUGCUUUUUCACCUAAUAGCAGCACUUUUUACACUAGAAAUACUGUAAGCAAGUAGCCACGCACCAUCAAGCAACAGAAGCCCAAUUUUUAAUAAUCAAGCACCAAGAGCCGCCGUGCAAAAUGGAUGAAUGGUGCAGAUGCACCUUGGCUUUAUCCUUUUCUAUGGAAUAAGGGAGGAAAACAAGA